AUGUCGAAUUUGUCAAAGCUUGAGUUUGUGGCACUUGACAUUUCUGGAAAGAAUUACCUAUCAUGGGUUCUCGAUGCUGAGAUUCACUUAGCCGCUAAAGGCCUUGGUAACACCAUUACUCAGGUGAAAGAUCCACUUGAAUUGUGGACUGGCCUGAAGAAAAGGUAUAAUCACCUUAAGGCUACGGUAUUGCCAAGGGCUCGAUAUGAGUGGAUGCACUUACGGUUGCAAGAUUUUAAGACCGUAAGUGAGUAUAACUCUGCUGUAUUUCGAAUAACUUCCCAAUUGAAAUUAUGUGGGGAAGUUAUGAAUGAUCGGGAUUUGCUGGAAAAGACUCUUACGACUUUUCAUGCCUCAAAUAUGGUAUUACAGCAGCAAUACCGUGAAAGGGGUUUUAAAAAGUAUUCUGAAUUGAUCUCAUGCCUUCUGGUGGCUGAGCAACAUAAUACCCUUUUGCUGAAAAAUCAUGAAGCCCGUCCCACAGGGUCAGCUCCGCUUCCUGAAGUGAAUAUGGCAGCUAAACGUGAUAAGUCUGGAAAAAGACAGAAUAAUAAUCAUGGCCAUAUGAAUGUACGUGGGCAUGGCAAUGGUAAGAGACGAUAUAAUAGUCGUCAUCAUGGUGGUCAUGGCAAACGAGAGAACAAUAUGGGUUCUCAAAAUAAUCCUUCAAGAGGCAAAAGCAGUAACUGCCACCGCUGUGGCAUGAAAGGUCAUUGGAAAACUGAAUGCCGUGCACCUAAGCAUUUUGUCAGGCUUUAUCAAAACUCCAUCAAAAGUAAGGCAAAUAAUGUUGGAGCAUCUUCUGCUAAUGCCCCAGUGGAGUCACACUUGACCUUUAAAAAUAAUUUUGAGCCAGGGCCUUCAAACAAAAAUGAUGACCAUGCCGAGGCAAAUCUUGCUUUGAAUGAUGAUGAUUUUCAAGGCCUCGAUGAUCUUACUCAUUUGGAAGUUGAAGACUUCUUUGGAGAUCAAAACUAA